AUGGACACAGAAAAGAAUACCGCAGUGGCCGUCACACACAGCCAGGCCGAGCCCGUCUUGCAUGACCAAUCCAAAAUUCUGCCGAAGAAUAAGCUCAUUGUGUUACUAUGCGCAAUGUCAUUUAGCUCGGUCCUUUGCUUCAUCGACCAAGCUGGCGUGGGUCUCCUCUUCCCUGCUAUCGGUGCAGACCUCAAUGCAGGGGCCACCAUCUCGUGGGCCGCCACGUCCGCCAUCAUCGGUUCGGUCGCCUUUCAAGUCCUCUACGGUAGACUGAGCGAUAUCUUUGGCCGCAAGGUUGUCUACAUCUCAGUUGUCCUUAUGCUUGCACUCUCUGAUCUCGCCUGUGGCUUUGCACAAAAUGGACCAAUGCUCUACUUCUUUCGAGGUGUGUCAGGUAUCGCUGGUGGCGGUAUCCAAGCAUUGACAAUGAUGAUCAUCUCCGACAGUGUCACACUCAAAGAGCGAGGCCUUUACCAAGGCAUCAUUGGAGCUGCCAUUGGUGCCGGCAACCUUAUUGGUCCUUUCUUGGCCGCAGCAGUCGUCACGCAUGCCACCUGGCGGGCCUUUUUCUGGGCUAUUGCACCUUCAGCGACAUGCUGUGCUGCCAUCGCCUACUCUAUCCUCCCAAACAACAUGCCAUCUGGCAAUAUGCGCGCCAAGUUCGGCAUGAUUGAUUACGGUGGCUUACUGACAAGUUCCUCUGGUAUCAUCCUGCUAUUGAUUCCGAUCUCGGGAGGCGGUGCCUAUUUUGAAUGGAAGUCACCUAUGGUCAUCUCCAUGCUGACUCUCGGCUCUCUAUGCUUCGUCACUUUCUUCAUCGUCGAAUGGCGCGUCGCCAAGCUGCCUAUGAUGCCGCUCUCCCUGUUCAGACGCGUACCAGUGGCAGUCUUGUUGAUCCAGAACAUCCUCUUUGGCGCAACCUAUUACUCCCAAAUGUACUUUCUGCCAGUCUUCUUCCAGAAUGCUCUUCAGCUGUCUCCACUCGUCUCGGCCUGUCUCAUGUUGCCCAUCCCAGGCUGCCAAAUGAUCUCCUCAAUCCUAUCUGGGCAGUACAUCUCGCGUCGAGAGCGCUAUGGUGAAGUCAUCUGGGUUGGUUUCUUCCUCUGGACACUCGGUCAAGGCUUGACCUGUCUCUUCUCUCGUCAGUUUCCCAUCUGGGCCAUUGCACUGGUCCUGUGCAUCACUGGAUUUGGUAUUGGUAUGGUCUUUCAACCAACGCUCGUUGCUCUACAAGCACAGUGUCUCAAGUCUCAGCGUGCCGUCGUCAUCUCUAAUCGCAGCUUCAUGCGAGCAUUUGGUGGCGCUAUUGGUCUUGCCAUCACCGCAGCAGUCUCGCAACGUGUCAUCAAGAAAGGUCUCCCUGCUGAGCUGGGUCACUUGACUGCAUCUGCAUACGAACUGCCAAAUCUGAUUAACCUGAACCCGGCACAGAUUGAGCAAAUCUUGAAGACCUAUGAACGGGCCAGCAAGACGGUCUUCUACAUGUACGUUCCGCUCUUGGGUCUCUGCUUGCUUGGCUGUCUGUUGGUGCGAGAUAAAGGCUUGGAGUACAAAGAGCAAUCAUCAGUACACGCACCGCGGCCAGAGGUGUAA